AUGCCGGGGUUUACUAUACAAAAAAUAGAUGAGGCGGAUACGGAGGAAGUUAUGAAGCUACUAAGAAGAACGUUCUUCAUCCAUGAGCCGCUGAAUAGAAAAAUCGCUUAUUGUAAUUCAGAAGACGACGACUGCCCUGAUUUAGAUAACUACUGCAGGUACUGCUUACCUGGUACAUCAUUCAAAGCAGUUGACCAGGACGGCAAUAUUAUUGGAGUGCUUAUCAAUGGAAUCAGCGCUGUCAAUAACCCAAUAGACUACGCUACCUUGAUAGAAAACUGCUCAAGUCCCAAAUUCAAGACGAUUUUAGAAAUGUUGGACAUUAGGGAGAAGGGGGCAAACGUGGGCGCUAAGUAUCCUGAUGAAAAGGAACUAUUUGAGGUGAAAUUAGCAGCUACAGAUGAGAAUUGGAGGAAGAAGGGAGUCAUGAAUAAACUAAUGGUAGAAACAGAAAAAGCAGCGAAGGAAAUUGGUCUGCGGUUACUUCGUAUUGACACUUCAAGUGCCUUCUCGGCGAAGUCAGCAGAAAAACUGGGCUUUACAUGCAUUUACAAGCGAGCUUACUCCGAUAUAAACAUGAUUAUACCAGAUCUACCCCAUGAAUACGACAGGGUAUUCAUAAAAGAACUGUUUUAA